AUGCUGGGAAGGCACCCAGGAAUGGGAAGAGAAUUGAGGCUGUUUGACCCUGGAGCAAUGCAAGAAAGAUACAGGUAUGGUGUAUGGACUGAUUGGUCGUGUAUCUCCUACUUGGUGUAUCAGAAUUCAAAGCCAUCGGCCUAUGAACACAUUUUUCUUCAAGACAUAACUGGAAAAUGGACAAUUGUAGCAGCUGCUUCUGCUGCAAAUUUAAGCACAGUGCUCAGCUGUGAAAGAAUAGAAGCUCUGUACCAAGGAAAAUUUGAUGGCAAGAGGAAAUCCUUCUCUCUCCUAAAAUGGGUCUUCAUCACCUUCCUCAGACCUCCAAAGAAUCUCAGAAACUAUGGCUCAUGGGCACUCAUCACUGGUUCAACAGAUGGCAUAGGCAAAGCCUUCGCCUUCAAACUAGCCCAGAAAGGUCUAAACUUAAUUCUAGUGAGUAGAAAUUUCAACAAGCUCAAUGAAGUUUCAACUGAAAUUCAUGCUCAAUAUCGGAAUACCCAGAUCAAGAUUAUUGUGCUGAACUUUUCCGGCGACGUGGCGGCCGGAGUGAGAGAGAUGGAGGCGGCCAUUGAAGGGUUGGAGGUGGGUGUGUUGAUUAAUAACGUGGGGGUUACGUAUUCAGAAGCUAGGUUGUUUCAUGAGGUUGAAGAGGAAGUGUGGAUGAAUGUGGUGAGAGUGAAUUUGGUGGGUACCAGUUUGGUUACAAGAGCUGUUCUACCGGGAAUGAUCAAAAGGAGGAGAGGUGCAAUUGUUAAUAUUGGUUCUGGUGCUGCCAUUGUUGUUCCUUCUCAUCCUCUCUAUGCUAUCUAUGCUGCUACCAAAGCACUCUUUUCAUGUCCCAUACCUGUAGACAAACUGCAGAGGGUCGUGGAACUUGUGCUGAAAUGA